AUGACCUUGCCUCCAGGAUAUAUUUUAAUAUCCUUGGACGUAACAUCCCUAUUCACGUCAAUACCCAAAGACCUUGUUAUGCACGACAUAAUCAACAACUGGAAUCAAAUUAAGCAAAAUACCAACAUUAACUUGGAUUUGUUCUUAGAAAUAGUUGAAUUUUGUAUAGACUCGAGCUACUUCCGUUAUAAUAAUCAGCACUACCAACAGAUCUUCGGAACUGCCAUGGGGAACCCUUUGUCCCCAGCGCUAGCCGACCUAGUAAUGGAAAAUCUACUGGAUUCCGUAGUACGAAUACUAGAUUUUAAACCACCAUUCAUUUGGAAAUAUGUGAACGAUUUAUUGAUGUCGAUCCCCCCUGACAAAAUACAACAGGUUAUGGACAUUUUCAAUAACCACAACCCGCACAUACAGUUUACAUACGAGCUAGAAAUAGAUAAGCGUAUUCCAUUUCUUGAUAUGCUCCUCAUCCGAAUCGACGACCAACAGAUUAAAACAGAAUGGUACAUGAAACCUAUCGCAAGUGGAAGAUUCCUCAACUACAAUUCGCAACACCCGUUGCACCAAAAAAUCAAUGUUGCAACGAAUUUCAUCAACAGAGUACAACGCCUGUCUACAAACCUGGAAGAUGCAGAAAUUAAUGCAAUCAUCGACAAACGACUCAAUCUCAAUAGCUACCCGAAAGGUCUACGGCGCAGACUUAUAAACCGGAAACAACAACACAAUAACAUCGCUGAACCGCUGCCGAACAACUCGCAAAACCUGGAAAAUACUUACCGCUCUAUAACAUACAUACCGAACUUGUCUCAUAAAAUAGACAAGCACCUGAAAAAAGAAUACCCCAACAUACGACUGGCAACACAUAACAUAAAUACCGUAGGUAAACUUUUCACCAAAGUUAAAGAUCCCGUAACCAACGACUUCCAAAGCAACGUCAUCUACAGCAUACCUUGCAUAAACUGCGAAGCAUGCUAUAUUGGAAUGACAACAAACGAACUAAAAACGAGAAUUAGUGGACAUAAAACACACUACAAUGCACUGGACAAGUUAUUAGCAGAAAAAACAGCCACCACCACUGACACUGAUUACACGGAUACACAAAUAGCCACACUGAAGGAGAAAACCGCACUAAUGAAUCACAGCAUAACGUUAAACCAUCGGUUCGACUUGAACCACACCAAAAUCCUAGAUAAACAUAAGAAACAACAGUCACUACCGUACUUAGAAGUAUGCCAUAUUAUGACAACCGAAAACAGCAUAAACAAACGUACAGACACACAGGGACUCAAUUCGAUAUAUGCAGGAGUAAUACACACACUUAAAAACACAGCUAAAUAA